CAUGCCUACCCCUCUAACAUUUCCUCAUAUCUGCUUUAUCACAUGGUUUUGCUUCCCAUGUUACCUUGCCUAUGAAGGCCCCAGUUAAGGAAUUGCCUCUGGCUAUGUACAUAUAUAAUCAACUCACUUCAUUACCUUCUGCAUAGCAAGUGUUCUAAGACUUGAAGCCCUUCUUUUCCUACCAUCUUAAAAGCUAGAUUAACAAGAUGAUCAGUGCCAAAAAGCUUAUCAAACUGGCAAGGAAAUGGCAGAGGAUGGUUUCUCUAAGGCGAAAAGCAAUAGCACUGCCAAGAAACAUUGAGAUUGUGGAUGCAGAAAAUUGGAGCACAUCAUGCCUUGGCGAGAAAGGUCACUUUGUGGUGUACACAAUUGAUCAAAGACGCUUUGUGCUUCCCUUAGAAUAUCUUAAGAGUGAUAUUGUCAAAGAAUUAUUCGAUCUCGCUGAAGAAGAGUUUGGAUUGGCAAGCAAUAGUCCUCUCAUAUUGCCAUGUGAAGCAGCCUUUAUGGAGUACAUAAUUGAUUUAAUCCAAGGGCGUAUGACUAAAGAUGUAGAGAAAGCAUUGCUAAUAUCCAUCGCUAGCAUUCGCUGCUCAUCAUCUAUCAGUUUUCAUCAAGCAAUUACAAGUCAACAAUUACCAAUCUGCAGCUUCUAACAUUCUAUUUUGCAAUUGAUCUGCAUAAGAGUACAGAAAUUUUUGAAAAAAGUUUUGUAAGACUCUCUUCAUUAUGAAUUAGUUAGCGUUUAGACACCACAUCUAGCACUUACUGUUUUAUCAAAUAAGUAUUUGCAAGCAAUUCUAAGCAAGGGAUGCACAAUUUUAUUUAUUAGAUUUUUCUUUCUGGGUCUAAGACUGCCAUGUCAUUGCAGGGAUUCUUCAUCCACACAGUGA